AUGGAAACAAGAUCAACAAGUUCAAACUCUGUCGAAAAAGAAGCGCGCCCAGUUAGAGCAGAAGGGAGUGCAAACAAGCACACAAAUUAUAGAGGUGUUCGAAAGCGGUAUGGCAGUAAAUGGGUCUCCGAAAUUCGUGUGCCUCGCACAAAAUCUCGAAUUUGGCUAGGCACAUAUUCAACUCCAGAAAUGGCGGCUAGGGCACACGACGUUGCUGCUUUAUGCAUUAAAGGUGACAAGAAUAUUCUGAAUUUCCCACACCUAGUUGAUUCGUUGCCUCGUCCCGGCUCCACUUCUCCGGCCGACAUUCGAGCUGCGGCAGCUGAAGCAGCUGCCAUGGACUGGCCGGAACCCUCGGCUUCCUCGUCGGUGGAUCAUGAUGAUUUUUUUAAUGACUUGGAGGACAUAAAUAUAAUAAUGACUUGGAGCACAAACUAA